AUGCCGAGUGGAGUGGCGACCAGUUGAGACGCUCCGAGAAGUUUGAAUUUUUCGCAGUUUGGAAAAAGGGCAUUUCUGGAGGAAAUUAAGAUUCUAAGAAUGGAUUUUAUGGUAUUCCGGUGUUGUACUCUGUUGGGAAUUUUAUUGGCAGCUGUGACCCAUGGGCUGGAGAUCACCUCGUCCGGGUCCACGACCAUCGAGAAGGCCAGCGGGGAGAGCGUGAAGCUGGACUGCCAGUUCACCCUGGCCAACGAGGACUCCGGGCCUCUGGACAUCGAGUGGAGCCUGCUGGCAUCCGACAGCCAGAAAGAGGACAAAGUGAUAAUCCUGUUCUCCGGCGACCGGGCUUAUGAAGAUUACUACGAGGCCCUGAAGGGGCGAGUCCACUUCAACUCAGCCGACCCCAAGGAGGGCGACGCCUCCAUAAACCUGACGGGCCUGAGGUCCGCCGACUCCGGGACGUACCAGUGCAAGGUGAAGAAGGCCCCGGGCAUCCGAAGCAGGAAGCUGAGGCUCACCGUCAUGGUCAGGCCAUCCAAACCCCGGUGCUACACCGAGGGACCAUCUCACGAAGGGAAGGACGUGUCUAUGAAGUGCGUGUCCGCUGAGGGCACCAGCCCAAUGAAGUACACCUGGGAGAAGACCACCGACUCCAAGCUGCUGCCUGCUAGCGCUGUGCUAGACUCCCUCACGGGAAGCAUGAACGUCAAGAACGCGUCGGCCAGCGCCUCCGGCACGUACCGCUGCACGGCCUCCAACCGCGUGGGCUCGGAGGAGUGCUUCCUGACCCUGCGAGUCACGCCCUCUCCCAACACGGCCGGCAUCAUCGCCGGAGCGGUGAUCGGAGUCCUCCUGGCCCUCAUCCUCAUCGGCCUCAUCCUCUUCUGCUGCUGCCGCGCCCGCAACAAGAAGAAGUACGAGAAGGAGAUGUCCUAUGAGAUUAGGGAGGACGUGCCCCCUCCUAAGAGCCGUGUGUCGACAGCCCGCAGCUUCACCAGCGUGGCCAGCCAGCGCUCCUCCCUGGGCUCCAUGUCCCCCUCCAACCUGCACGAGUACAUCCCCAAACAGCAGUACGACAAGAUCCCGUCCGAGGAGUACGACCGGCCGCCCAGCCACGCCCCGGUGCCCCCGCCCGCCAGGAUGGCGGGGCCCAACCUCAGCCGCAUGGGAGCCAUCCCCGUCAUGGUCCCCGCCCAGAACCGGGACGGCUCCAUCGUCUAACGGGGGGGCCCGAGGGGCCGGCGGCUCAGGGGCGCACGGUCAUUAUGACUCACUCACGGUACCACGGCAACCGGGGCCCCAACCGAUACGAGUGCACGUAGCACACUGUACGUUAGCCUCGUGCUACAGAGAUGAAAUGCAGUACCACUACAAACAAAGAUACAUAUGUACAUGUGAAUUUUACUUUGACAAAUGUUUUUAAAUAACGAUCGCUACUCUGCUCUGUUCGCCUUUCUGUACAUAGUAGAAUGCAUGUUGGCUUUUUAAGCGUAGGUGGCCCUGUCUAUAGAGUGGUGAAGGCACUCAAAUGAAUUGCCCUUAAUGUUUUCCACUUGUAUUGUACAUAAGUGCAUACCUACAUAUGGAUACAUACAGAAGUCUUCUGUUUCCAUAUUCUUUAACUUUCUUUUGGUUAAAAUUACUACAAUGUGAUGUUUUGCUACAGGUUGCUCUUGUAAAUCUCGAUUUAGGUCAGUGUUAAGACUUGGGGUGUUUUUUUGUUUUGUUUUGUUUUUAUUAAAUGUCAAAUUUGCUGCUUUUAACAAGUGCUGGCAAGCAAAUCGAUCUGAUUUGUACAGAGAGAAGUGGGGGAAAAAAAAAACAAGGCCAAGGAAAAAUAUAAUAUCUAUUUAUCAGGUUUUCCUCCUUAGUGACUGUUGUCAAGGCAGGUUUCUUUGCUUUCCUGUUUAAUUCAGCAUUCGAAUCGAUUUUGUUUUAUAUCCCUGUUGCAAGAUGAUUUUCCAGCUGUACAAAGCGGUUAAUUCAGCCAUGACCUUUGAAACAGGAGGGUUAAACCAACCCCAGGAGGUCAGGGGUAUGAGUUAACGGGACUUGUGAUUGGUGGAUUGUCUUUUGGCGCUUGGUCGCCAAGGCCCUCUACCACUCCUGGUGGGGGGCAGGGGAGUGGGGGUGAUGAGGUUAAGUUCUGCAGAGUGAUCAGACACGGUUGUGAUUGGCUGACGGUCCCCCAGCCCCCCUCACCUCAGUGUGACCCCUCUCACACACUGCAUUCCACGUUGGCAGUUAGGCCCCGCUAGGCUAGGCUAGCUGAACCCAAGCACCACUGUCCACAGAAUCAGAAGAAGUGUCCAGGAAACACCACUUAGGGUGUGAAUUAGUCGUUGUGGAAACGCAUUCAUGCAUUUGACAUUCCUAAGACCAUCUCGCGAAGAAAAUUACCUUAUUAGUUGUUGAUGGUCUCACUUACAGGGUCAAUGCGAAGCGCUUUGUUUGCACCACCAUUUUGGCUUUACAAUGAAGGAGUUUCAGCGCUGAGUGUGUUUAUACGUGUUUCUAAAUGGAGUACGUUUUACAGGGUUUUUUGAAAUGGGAAAGCAGAUAUGAAAUACAAUGAGGAAAGUGAAAUGGGGGUGGAUGGGG